GAAACAUCAUUUUAACAAGAUUAUUAGAAUAGUGGACUUUAAUAAAUACGGUUCCUCAGUUGACAGGUGACGAGGACUCCGAACCGAGGAGGGUUAAGUAUAGAACUUUGGCAAAGAUGGCAAGUGGCAGUAAGGUGGUGGAGGAAACUGACUCGGGAGAUAUUUUUCUGGUGGAGAAAGUCGUGGAUAUUAAAUGGAUAGAAGAUGACACAGGCCGCGAAGUGGAGUAUUACAGAGUACGAUGGAAGAAUUAUAACCCUGCUGAUGAUACCUGGGAACCUCGGGCCAAUUUCCUUCAUGAAAGCAUAAAUGUUGUACAUCGGUUUAAUGACAAGUUUCGCAAGUUGCAGAAAGAGUAUACUGCUAUGUGUCAUCAAACAGGAAAGAGGGUCGUCAAAUCAAAUCUCCGUAAAGUAAACAUACUCAGUGAAGAAAUUGAAAAUAUUUUAAAGAAGAAAACGACUAAGAUUAAAGGCAAUACUUGUACGUCAUAUUUUGUGAAAUGGGUAGGAUUUAAGCAACCCUCUUGGGAAAGUGAAUUUAAAUUGAUUCAUGCCUCAGACAAGGUUGAAUCCUUUUUACACAAGGGUCAUGUGCAGAAUUCAAGGCAGCAGUCAGAGUGCGCUGGUGCGGGUACGUCAGCAUCAUCAGUUCCUGACCCUGAGAGGUAA